CUGGUCGGCGUCUCCUCGUCGCACAAGUCACCACCGCGACCGCAUCUCCAUCUGGGCGUCCUCACCAUGCCGAUCCGGCGCCAGCGCUAGGGUUAGGGUUUCCGCUUCGCCUUCACUGCCAUGGCUCCAAACGACGCUGCUACCACCGCUCCGUCCGAGCCGGAGAGCGUCGGCGGCCGGAUGAGCAGCGAGGACACGGUCGCCACGAGGCCGCUCCUCUCGGCGCCCUCCCCCUCCCCCUCCGCAGCUUCCGCGGCUCCGGUGCGGGAUAGCAUAGAGGAGCUGGACCGGAGGUACGCGCCGUACGCGCGGCGGGACGCGUACGGGCCGAUGGGCCGCGGCCCCGUGGGCGCGGUGGAGGCGUUCCGGCUGGCUUUCGCGGCGGUCGUACUCAUCCCACUCCGGGUCGUGGCAGGCAUGCUCGUCCUCGUGGUCUACUACCUCGUGUGCCGCGUGUGCACGCUGCGGGUGGAGGAGGAGCGGGAGGGCGGCGAAGGGGACGGGUACGCGCGGCUGGAGGGGUGGAGGCGGGAGGGGGUUGUGCGGUGCGGCCGCGCGCUCGCUCGCGCCAUGCUGUUCGUCUUCGGGUUCUACUGGAUCCCGGAGCACGACUGCCGCUUCGCCGAUGCCGAGGAUGGGCAUGCGGACCAGUCUAAAGAAAUGGAAAGGCCUGGGGCUAUUGUAUCUAAUCAUGUUUCUUAUGUGGAUAUUCUUUAUCAUAUGUCGGCCUCUUUUCCCAGUUUUGUUGCUAAGAGAUCAGUAGCCAGAUCGCCCCUAGUUGGUCUCAUAAGCAAAUGUCUUGGAUGCAUUUUUGUUCAGCGGGAGUCUAAAACAUCAGAUUUCAAAGGUGUUUCAGGUGCUGUAACUGAAAGAAUCCAGCGUGCUCAUCAACAGAAAAAUGCGCCAAUGAUGCUACUCUUUCCUGAAGGCACAACUACAAAUGGGGAUUAUCUCCUUCCAUUCAAGACAGGUGCUUUUAUUGCAAAAGCACCAGUUCAGCCUGUCAUUUUAAGAUAUCCUUACAGAAGAUUUAAUCCAGCAUGGGAAUCCAUGUCAGGGGCACGCCAUGUAUUUCUGCUCCUUUGUCAAUUUGUAAAUUAUCUAGAGGUGAUCCAUUUGCCCGUCUACUAUCCUUCUGAGCAAGAAAAGAAUGAUCCUAAGCUAUAUGCAAAUAAUGUGCGGAAAUUAAUGGCAGUGGAGGGAAACUUAUUUCUUUUAGACCUUGGGCUGGCAGAGAAGCGAGUAUACCAUGCAGCACUGAAUGGUAAUAGUCUACCUCGAGUUUUACAUCAGAAAGAUGAUUGAAAUGCCAUUCUAUCGUGCUUCCAUUAUACUGACAGCUGAGUGGUUUGCUUGUAAUUGUGUAUACAUGCUUGUGCAUUGUCAUGGCUGAGAGGAGUGUUGUGAAUAUCAUAUUGACAUAAAGCUGUAAAACAAUUUGCCAACUGCCAGUUCAGUAAUUAUGUCAGUUAUACUAAUACAUGACCGCUUCGCACAUUUGGUCAUUUGGAACCCUUUUACUAUCGCUUGUUCCACAAACUGAACCAUCUACCUGAUCUUCCCUGCAGGAUUGUUGUGUCAAAGCUAGUUUGGAUAAAAUUUGGAAAUGCUUGCUGUUAGUUUUUUCUAGUUGUACCUGUACCAUUGUUGUAGAGGAAAAGAAACCAGAUUUUGCCACCGAUCUUUCUCAUCAAAGACCAUCUGUAGAUGACCACACUGUUUUGCUGCAAGAAUCAGAUAGGCUUUUAAACCCGGAGUUUCAACAUAGGGAGCAAGUUUAGCGCCGAAUUUGCUAUUUUCUUAUACUCGUGUCACAGUUCAUGUUGGUAUGUGUUUUGAGUUAAUAUGAUGUACCUGAUGUAUUCGGUGACUAACAUCUAACAAAUAUAAUAGCUUUCUUUUUUUUUCUUCAA